UGAAGAUACGACAACUAAACGAGAUUGUUCUUUUGUCUUUUAAGAUAUCAAUCUGGGCCCAUAGACAUUGUAUUAAUUUCUUGUUAAUAAAUAUAAUUAUUACACUUUAAAAUGCAUCAUCGAGAGCAGUUCUAUUGAAUGCCUUUAUUAGUCUUAUCGCUAAUGAAACUGCCCGAAUACAUAUAGCAUAUUUUAAUCGUACACUUGUGUUGGAAAAGUCAACGGAACUUAUGUAUAUGUAUUACAUUCAUUGAAUAGAUUAUGAGAAUAAAAAAAAUAAAACCCAAGCAAUAAAGUUUUUGUGACUGUAGAAUGUACAAAAGUAAGGGUAUACUUCAAACUCUGAUAAAAAUGUAUUUACUUAUUUUUAGAAUAAUGUCUGAACAAGUACCAGUUGAAGAUACCCAAAAGACUAAGUCACCUGACAACCACAAGCGGAGGGACUACCUUCACUGGGAUGAUUACUUCAUGGCCACCUCCUUGCUCUCCGCCAAACGAAGCAAGGAUCCCGUGACCCAAGUGGGUGCCUGCAUCGUGGACUCACAAAAUCGGAUAGUGGCCAUUGGCUACAAUGGAUUCCCUCGAAACUGCAGCGACGAUGAGUUUCCUUGGUCGAAGGCCAAGAAGGGCACGCAGGAGUUCAAUCCCCUGGAGGACAAGAAGAUGUACGUGGUGCAUGCGGAGGCCAAUGCGAUCCUCAACAGCAACGGCAUGAGUUUGACUGGAACGCGACUGUAUACCACACUCUUCCCCUGCAACGAAUGCGCCAAACUCAUCAUACAGGUGGGCAUUGCUCAGGUUCUCUACCUGUCCGACAAGUAUGCAGAAAAACCCACAUACCGGGCUUCCAAGCGGAUGUUGGAUGCAGUGGGCGUGGCCUACAAGCGACACCUGCCCCAACAAAAAAAUAUCAUCAUUGAUUUUGACAAUUUCCUGGAAGAAGAUCCAAACACAUCGCUGGGUCUGAACGACCUACACUUGUGAUAAAUUAUUACUGACUUAAAAAUUGUAGACCAAUGUUGAUAAAAACAAGCGAAAUGAUUUAUAAAUUAUUUUUAAAUACCAGUAAAGCAAAACCUUUUAAAACAAAUUUUAAAUUUC